AUGGCGGCGGCGCGCACCACCUUCGCCGACGCGCUGGCGGCGGCGCGCCCGUACCUGCGGGGCGAGGAGGACGGGUGCGGCGACCCGGCCCUGCCGGCCCUCACCGCCGUGCUGCGCGCCGCGGGCGCCGGCGAGUGCUGGCACAAGCACGGCACCUUCCUCGCCCACCUGCUCGAGGUAUACCGGAUCCUGCGCCUCUGGGGCGCGCCCGACGCCGUGGCCCGCUGCGGCCUCUACCACUCCGCCUACUCCAACUCCUACGUCAACCUCGCCCGGUCCGAGGAGUCCCUCCGGGACGCGCGCAGCGGGGUGUUCAACGAGGACGAGCCCUGGCGCCGCAAGAUCCAGCGCCUCCUCCCGGCCGACGGAAUCACCGUCAAGCACAUCAGGACUGGUGAGGAUGUGGCUCUCUCUAGGCGGGUAGCGGCGACAUUCCUUAUGAUGACAAUGGCAGACUUCAGUGACCAGCUCUUCGACUGGCAGGACCGUCUCUUCAACAACGCCAACGGCCGCCUUGAGUUCCGAGGCAACACCUGGACGUCACUGUGGCCUGGCACAGGCAAGCCCGGCCUUUGGACCACCUCUAUCUCCCGCAUGGGUGUGCUCUACAGCCUAAUUGUUCGCGAAGAGGAGAUAUACAUAGCUCACCGAGCACACACUAGCCAAGAAGGCAACAACUCUGCUGCCACACGCGACGAGGACAUCGCACUUGUGAUACCGCCGGUGUUCGAUGGCUGCACGAAGGUGCUGGACGCUGAAGACCAGAAGGCGGCGCGAGACCUCUACUGGGAGGCCGUGUGCAGCGACGAGGAGGCGACAGACCGGUCCAAAGUGGAGGAGCUGCUCCGGCAAAGCAUCACCAAGAACCCAUUUGUGGGGGAGCCACGGUUGGUGCUCGCGCAGAUGUGCCUGAACACGGAGAUGUACGAGGAGGCGCAGGAGCAGGCGGAGGAAGGGCUGAAGCUGCUGCUGGAGUGGGGGAGCAGCUGGGACAAGAGGAUGCCAUGGGAGGGGUGGGUGUCCUGGGGCAGAGCCAUGCUGACUAAGGCCAAGGAGAAAGACUGGCCCCAUACCUCCUUCGGCAUCCUCAGCCUAGGCCUUGUCAAGUAA